AUGACGAAACAAUUAUCACCAUCAAUAUCAAUUAUAGUAGCAGCACUUAAACCAUCAUAUGGAAUAGGGUACAAUGGAACUUUGCCAUGGAGAUUAAAAAAAGAAAUGGCUUUUUUUAAAAGAGUUACAUCAAAUACAAUAAAUUCAAAUAAAAGAAAUGCAGUAAUUAUGGGUAGAAAGACUUGGGAAUCAAUACCGAAUAAAUUCAGACCAUUACCAAAUAGAUUAAAUGUUAUAAUAUCUCGAUCUUAUGAUAAGACUAAAAUUGUUGAUGAAAAUAUAAUACAAGUUAAUUCAAUUGAAGAAUCAAUAAAUGUAGUUAACAAACAAGAUAAUAUUGAAAAUAUUUUUAUAAUUGGAGGAGCUGAAAUUUAUAAUUCAUUUAUGAAUAAUGCUGAUGUGGUUGAUAAUUUAUUAAUCACUGAAAUCGAAACAGAAAAUGAUGAAAAUAUCGAAAUGGAUACUUUUUUGAAAUUUGAUUUAAAUAAUUGGGAAAAACAAUCACAGAAGAAAUUAAAAUCAAUUACAAAUGAAGAAAAUAUUGAAGAGAAUAUUAAAGAAGCAAAAUUCAUCUAUAAUUAUACAUUAUGGCAAAAGAAGAAAUAA